AUGUUGUCAUCGCAACGAACUUCUUUUCAUUUUCAACCUGAAAAGAAUUGGAUGAAUGAUUCUAACGGGCCAUUGUAUUACAAGGGCUGGUACCACUUUUUCUACCAGUACAAUCCAAAUGUUGCAGCGUGGAAUGACAUAGUUUUGGGCCAUGCCGUAUCAAUCCACUUUGAUCCAUUAAUGGGUGCUGAUGAAUGGUUUGAUAUGAAUGGUGCAUGGACUGGCUCGGCAACAAUUCUUCCUGAUGCUGACCACAACGAUCCUCUCCUUCUUAACUGGUUCAAAUACUCUGGCAAUCCAAUUGUAGUCCCACCACCUAGCAUAGUCUAUGAUACUGAAGACUUCAUUAACUUUAAGUUGUUAAGUGGGGUGCUUUAUGGUGUCCCUAGAACUGGCAUCCUCGAUGAUGGAAGGCAUGAUUACUACGCCCUUGGGACAUACGAUGACAAGAAUGGAAAAUGGUAUCCACAUAAUCUAGAGAUUGAUGCUGGUAUGAGAAAUAGGUACGAUUAUGGAAUGUUCUAUGCCCCCAAGACCUUUUAUGAUCAGGAUAAAGGAAGAAGAUGGUUGUGGGGUUGGGUUGGGGAGUCUGAUACUGAAACUAAUGAUGGGCAGUUGUGCCGCUUGAACUCGAUGGAGCCAGCAGCUAGACAUCGUUGUUGGGUUUUAGUAACAAAAAGGCUUUUGAGAAUAGAGAACACAGCUAAAUCCAAUGUUGACUACAACUGCAGCACCAGUGGUGGGGCUGCUCAACGCGGUGCCUUAGGACCAUUUGGUCUUCUGGUUCUUGCAGAUGACAGCUUAGCGGAGCACACUCCUGAAUACUUCUAUGUUGCUAAAGUAAUUAAUGGCACCCUCAAAACUUUCUUCUGCAUUGACCAAUCAAGUUCAUCUGUCGCAAACGACAUUAAGAAAGAAAUUUAUGGAAGCUACGUUCCUGUAUUAGAGGGUGAAAAGUACUCUGUUAGGAUACUGGUGGAUCAUUCGACAGUUGAAAGUUUAGCUCAAGGUGGUAGGACAUGUAUCACAUCGCUGGUUUAUCUGACAAGGGCAAUCCAUGGUGCUGCUAGGUUGCUUUUGCUCAGCAACGCCAUUGAGGCUAGUGUCACCUCCUCACUCAAGAUAUGGCAAAUGUAUUCUGAGUUCAUACGCCCUUAUUCUAAUGAAGAACGGUAG